CACUUGUACUUCGUAGCAUGUCAAUACAGAUUUAAUUAGUGCGUGGGAGUUUCUGGUGGACUGAAUAGAAUGUUGCAGCGGCCGGAAAUGCGGAGUAAGGCCGUGGUCCGCCGGCGGUGAGCCGCACCUCCAUCUUUCCCCAAUCUUUAUGCCGCCCGGUUUCUUUUCCCUGCAUCCCCGGACAUAGCGAUUUCAAAUCUUUUGAACAGCCGGACUAGGUUGACGGUAGUCUGGUAAUUAAUUAAUCUCGUCUCUCAAAUGUCGAGCAAACGGUUUCCUACGCAGUUAGUUCACACGCUCAAGACGCACAAUGGACCUGUCAACGCGGUGACAUUUUCUAGCUAUCCCGGAACUUACGUGCUCACCGGGUCGAGCGAUCGUGCUGUGCACCUCUCGCGGGCCGUCCCUACGAGCAACAAUGGCACAGUGAUCGAAACGACCUCUCCGAUCCAGCGAUACGAAGCACACGGAUACUCGGUGCUCGACGUUGCCGUCGCGGCCGAUAAUGCGCGGUUCGCAAGCGUGGGCGGAGACAGACAAGUGUUCCUGUGGGAUGUCGAGCAAGGAGGGACCACUCGACGCUGGAGUGGACACAAUGCGCGAGUGGAAGCGGUUCAGUUCGCUGGCGACGGCGAUUCGGUCGUGGUGUCUGGUAGCGCGGAUACGACCAUCAACCUCUGGGAUUGCAAGUCCAACUCGCACAAGCCAAUCCAGACGCUGACGGAAGCGCGGGAUACCGUUUCCUCGCUGCACGUGCACAUGCCCACCUAUUCCAUUGCCAGCGGCAGCUACGACGGCCGGCUACGCGUCUACGAUAUCCGCAUGGGUCGCACCACGGUCGAUGUCCUGGCGCAUCCGGUCACGAGCGUGCGCUGCUCGACGGACGGGCACGCCGUGCUGGCGUCGACGCUGGACGGGCGGAUCCGCAUGCUCGAUCGCAGUGACGGGAGACUCCUGCAGGCGUUUGGGAAAGAGAAAGAGAUUGUUGGAGGGGAGAGGGAGGAGAAGAGUAGUUUCAUGCUUGGGCAGCCCGGUUCCCUCGUUUACCGGAACAGCGAGCUGCGGAUUCGAUCCGUCUUUGCCAAGACGGAUGCGGUUGUUCUGAGCGGUGGUGAAGCUGAGAAGGUGAGCGGUAAUAGCGCCGCGGGUGGUCAGGCAGCCGUGUUCGCUUGGGAUGUGCUCAGCGGAGAAAUUAUCGCUGCGGUUCCUGCUGGUCCGGGGGUGAAGGCUGUGAGUGCCGUGGCGUGGAAUGAGAAGGGAGGUUGUUGGGCCGGUGGGUGCUCGGAUGGCACCGUUAAAGUCUAUCGCUAGCCCCCGGGAAAAAAAAUUGAGAAUGGUGGUGGGUGAGAUUUGAGCUGCGAGGUCAUGGCCAUAAAACCCAGCCAUCGGGACCAAUCAAUCUACUGCUCCACUUCACCCUCUCCAACUGCUUCUGCGCUUUG